GCCUUCCCUUUUCUCGUCACUCGUGACACCAAGCGUCGCAGCCACCUUGCAGCAUCCUGGCAGGCUUCGCUCAAGACCACAACGAAUCUUCUUGCGAAUCUUCUGGUCAACACGUCCACUUUCCUGUUGCCAGGAUCGCACACACGGCGCUUCCAAACCCACGCCGUCGUUGCCGUAGGAAAUCGAUGAACGGAAAGGCGAGAUCAGCUCAGCGGGAAGUUGACGGUGCAGCAACAUGCGUGUCCUCGGGCGGACAACGUCUCGAAAUUCCAACAAGUUCAACGCUUUGAUAGCUUUUGCGACCAGCUGCUUAGCAUGCAUUUCGCUGGUAGCGCCGCUGAGCUCUGCUGCACAGUCUCACUCACCGCCCAUCUCCGUCUCGCUGCAGUCUCCAUGGCCGGCAACCCCUCUGCUGCUGGAGAUCCUCGAAGCUGCGCACACUCAGGAUCCCGGUAGCUUCUGGCCACUCUUAGAUCGUCUCACAGACCCUCAGUCAGUCGUGCUAGAUCGCAACGCCUCGGAUGAACGAACCUACACAGCAGCUGUACAGGCGCUCGACGAUGCUGGGUUGCUCGAGAAGCUGUGGGAUCGCCAGCUGUGGAAUUGGGCGCUGGCUAUGCAUACAGAGGCUCCAAAGGUGACCGCUUUCUGGCAAAUGUAUAACAGAGGCGGUGCGGAGGAGCGCUGGUCGGAGAGAUCACAAGGACCGGCAGUCGAGUGUGGAAGCUGGGUAGCAUGGGGACAAAAGGUGCUCUGCACCGCAUCGGAAGUGGAAGAAGCCUUAGGUACGGGGUCUGAAUCCGACACAACACUUUUGGAGGUGCCUUUCGACCACAUCCGUCACUCAAAGCAAGGUGCGCCAGCAUCAUCUGGCUUAGCGAAGCCGCGUGUAGCCAUCCUAUACGCGGACCCUUACUCUCCAAACUUCAGGUCUCUGCAUCAAGAACUGAGUAGACAUGUCUCCGCUGGUCAAAGCCCAACGUUGCGAUACGUGUUGAGGUGGAAGGCUCCUCGGGCGGAAGAAGCUGCCAUAUCUCCAGCAUUUUUGGCAGGCUAUGGCGCAACUUUGGAUUUAAAGAAGGUGGACUACCUCGUCAUUGAUGAUCGUAGAAUCAAGGAGAUCGCGCUUUCCGAUACGGUGCAAGGGAAGUCACUUGGGUCAGCCCAGUCUGAGGGCGACUUGAUCGAGCGCGAAUGGCUGGACAAGCUGAUUGGCACAACCGAUGAGGACAAGGUAGAGUCUCUGGGCAACCUGAACGAAGGAGAAAUCACUGAGCUGGGCGCCAAAGCCACACAACUGAUCAUCCAAUCGCCUGAUCCCCUACGAGCUCUGGCUCAGCUUUCACAUGACUUUCCUGUUCAUGCCGUGGGCCUUGCGAGAAGAGCUGCAGGCCCAAAGCAGGAGUUUCUUGAAGAGCUUGAAGAAAUGCACACUACCGCGAUGGAAGCCGGCUCGAGCGACAUCUGGCUGAAUGGCAAGGCGCUCGCCGAGAAAGAGAUUAGCCCUCUUGGGCUUCUGGCUCCUCUGCGAGCAGACCAGGCCCAUAUCACUUCUUUAACGUCCCCUUAUCUCAAUCUGACGCCUGCCGCCGCGCUUGACCUGUUGACGUACGCUCCGAUCGGUCAAGCGCAGGAUCCAGACGCGUCUUCAAACGUCUUCUUUGAUGCCAGUGAUCGCAUCGAAAGGGGCAUGCCGAGAGGCGCAGCAGCUUCGAUGCCUCGGGCAGCUCCCAAAGACGCGGAGUCGUCUGCAGAAGGAUCACGCGAUUUGAAUUUCCCGCGCGAAGGUGCAAUCACCUAUCUCAACGAUUUGGAGAAGGACAGCAUGUACGCGAGUUGGUCUCCCAGCUUGCAAGCACUCAUUCGACCUCUCUGGCCUGGGGCAUUUCCGCACAUUGCCAGAAACAUCUUCAAUGUCAUCUUGGUGAUGGAUCUCACAAGGCGAGAGACGUGUGGCUUCCUUGCAGAGAGCUUGUUUCCCACCAUCCCUCGCAUUGGGUUGCGCUGGGGAUUCGUACCAGGGGGCUUGGAAGACCUGGAUCAAUUCCAAUCUCUGCAGAUGGCACGCCUGUUCUGGCUACUUCAUGCAGAGCUCGGUAAUACCGGUGUAGUCGAAUGGCUCAAGGCCCUUGUGCGCAGUACCUCCUCCGGUCAGCAGAUCGACGUCAAGCUAGCAUUGAACGAGGCGCGACGUGUGUUGAAGAGCAAAGCAGACACGCUCAAUCCUGAACAACUUCUGACCGAUCCUGAGCUAUCCGAGAGGGAGCACAGCGUCCGAAGCUAUGUUAAGCGCUUGCAUCUCGACUUGAGGGGCAGCCACGCGCGGGGACAUGUGCUGGUGAACGGCCAACGCAUUCCCUUCAAUGCUCAAGCUUUCAACGCUAUCCAUUCGCUCGUGUCGACACAAACGCAAGCGCUCGCUCGGCCGGUCUACUUCCGUCAGAUUGAUCCCGAACAGGACAUAUCGCACUACUUUUAUGAUCUGCCGACAACGUUCACCUCUAGAUCCAGUUUGGUGUUUCCCGACGAGGAGAUAAGCACUCCUGACAAUCCCGCACCUGCCGCUGUCAAGCCGCGCGCAGUUGACCUUGUGAAAGCGGCGGACACCCUUAAGAACAAAGCGGUUGUAGAGCGCUUCGUGUAUUCGCCCGCCUUUGAAAAGGUGAAUGCAACGGUAUGGGUGGUGGGCGACUUGGAUUCUCAAGAGGGAUCAAGCCUCGUACGCGAAGCACUGAACGCAUUGUCCCAAAAUGCGUUUCGUCUCGGCUUUGUGCAUGUACCGCGCAGAGCUUCGGAGGCUAGUCGCUUGCAACCCUCAGCAAGCUUGUUGUCCACCUUUUUGCACGACAUGUUAAGCAUUCCGACGGAUCUCAAGUCGAAGCUUGGUCCAGAGAACUUGAUCGAAUUAGUCGAGGGGUAUCAAGGCUCGCUCCGAGAUAUUGUCACAGAGGGUCGAGUCGAGGGCCAGCAGAUCUUUGGUCAUGCAGACCCGCAAGAUGACGUCUCGGCAACGAAGGAGAAAGGAUGGAACACACCGGCUGCUACUGCAGCAGGACUGUUCUGGGACGAGGUUGCCCCAUUCGCGAAUGCUUUGGGCAUUGAUGAGCGACAAUUUGGAAUCGUGCUCAACGGCAGAGUGCUCACGGGCUUCAAUGCACAGAACAUCGACUCGGGCGACUUUGAAGCCCUUUUGUCUCUAGAGUCUCGCAGGCGGAUUGAUCCUGUCGUCGAAGGACUGUCGCAGGCCGGCGUCCAUUUUGAAGGUCUCAACAAAGAAGAUCAUGCGCAGAUAGCAACCUUUGCAACCUCGAUCAUGAGCUCUGUCUAUUACGUCGACGAAGCGGCCGAGGGCAUCUUUCAGCCACCGCAGACCGCUCGCAGUUCAAUUUUCGAUCAGAUUGAAGCUCGGCACUCUUCCUUUGAAAAGGGAGAUAGGUCUACCGCGCACACUCGGCUCUUCGUGGCUCUGGAUCCACUCUCUGAGCGCACGCAGUCAUGGAUUCCCGUCUUGAAGCUCAUCGCGAGCAUGAAGGACACCUAUCUUCGCGUCAUUCUGAACCCAGAGACGAAGCAAAGCGAACUGCCGCUAAAGCGGUUUUACCGCUCGAGCGCUCCGACGCAGAUGUCGUUCGAUGCGUCUGGCAAGCAGCAAGGUUCCAAGUUGCAAUUCCUAGGCAUGCCGGAGGAUGCAGUGCUCACCAUGGCGCUGGACACUCCGCCAUCAUGGUUACCAAUGGCGGCGGAAGCGGUGUACGAUCUGGACAACAUCCGACUUCGAGACGUACCUCCAAGCGGUCGAGACGCCGGCGUCAAUGCGAUCUACGAGCUGAAGCACAUUUUGCUCGAGGGUCAUGCACGUGAGGAAGGCGUGCCUGGUGCGAGGCAGAUACCGCGAGGUCUUGAGCUAGUGCUAGAGUCGCCGGAUGGCGCUGUGCAGCUCGACACCAUAGUCAUGGCGAACCUGGCCUACUUCCAAUUCCGUGCACAGCCUGGCUUGUAUCGGUUACGCAUUCGAGAAGGAAGGAGUAGUGAGCUUUUCGAAAUGCGUAGUGUUGGCAACCAUGGUUGGGAAAGCCCAAGCGUGGACCAGACAGGUGAUGCUGUCACUGUGGACACCCUGCACGGCCUGACCAUCUAUCCCAGAGUCAAGCGCCGUCCGGGCAAGCAAGAAGAAAGCUUGGUGGUUGAUCUGGACGAGGAUAUGCCAUCUGAGGAGGAAGACAGCGCAGGAAAGGGACUGCUGGCAGCUGCAAGACAAGCAUUCAAAGCUGCGAAAGGCAAAGCAGAUGAGGUGGUGAACAAAGCUGUCAGGCCUGUAAGCAAGCGGUCGAGCGCAGAUAUCAACAUCUUCACGGUCGCCAGCGGGCAUCUCUACGAGAGAAUGACGUACAUCAUGAUCCUCUCUGUGCUCAAGCACACGAAGUCUAGCGUCAAAUUUUGGUUCAUCGAAAAUUUCUUGAGCCCUUCCUUCAAGGAAUUCAUUCCCCAUCUGGCUCAGGAGUAUGGCUUUGACUACGAGCUGAUCACGUAUGCGUGGCCUCACUGGUUGAGGGGACAGCGCGAAAAGCAGCGCAUAAUCUGGGGCAUGAAAAUCUUGUUCCUAGACGUUCUCUUUCCACUUGAUCUCAGCAAAAUCAUCUUCGUAGACGCAGAUCAGAUCGUACGAUCUGAUCUUCAAGAGUUGGUCAAGACGGACCUGCACGGUGCUCCGUACGGCUAUCCGCCUAUGGGCAACGACUCUUACGACAUGGACAAUUUCAGAUUUUGGGAACAAGGAUAUUGGAAGAAUUUCCUGCGGGGCAAGCCGUACCACAUCUCGGCUCUCUACGUCGUCGAUCUGAAUCGCUUCCGUCGUGUGGCAGCUGGAGAUCGUCUAAGAGGUCAUUAUCAGCAAUUGAGUGCGGAUCCCAACUCGCUUGCUAACCUGGACCAAGACCUUCCGAACAGUCUGCAAUUCCAGCUUCCCAUCUUCACGCUGGACAAGACUUGGUUAUGGUGCGAGACGUGGUGCUCCAAAGACUGGCUAGCACAAGCCAAGACGAUAGACCUGUGUCAGAAUCCCAAGAUCAAAUCGACCAAAUUGGAGAGGGCGAGGCAGAUUCCCGAAUGGACAGCAUACGACGAAGAAGUGGCACGCUUAGCAAGUCGAUUGGCGGGGCAGGAUAAGCUGGGAAAGAAUGUAGUGGUGGAUAAGCAAGAGACUGUAAAGGAGAAGGAGGUGGAGUUGGAGACGAGUGCAAACUUGGCGCACGAGGCGGUGCACCAUGACGAACUUUGAUGCCGCUGCUGGCGCGCCAAGCACAAUGCCGAGCACUAGUCCGCUGAUUAAAUGCAUGCGAUUGACUUCCA